GAGAGCUCAUGUUAACAGUAUCAGCGGACCGCAACCAAAACCAGCGUCAGCUACUUGGGUUUAUAGAACUGGACGCGCCAGAGCUAUAUGAUGCAAUAGGAGUUACAAAACAAUAUGAGCUGCCAUUGAUAGGCCAUGAAAAUACCCCCGGUCUGAUUCUCAGAGCCCAAAUAUUAGGUUUGGAUGAGAAUCCUAACCUGGCACCGGCUAUCGAAAGUCAAGGCUCAAACUCUUCCGCUCAUAACAUGCUCCAGAAGAUAGUAUCAGAGGCACGCGCGGCGUUUGAUGAUUUCUGCCAGUAUGGGCAUAUGACAAGCCUGGAUCAAGCUAUUUCACAAUUUCAGACU